GCCCAGUUCCAAGUUAACAUUUCUUCUGCCUUUGAGAAUUUAACAGAGUGGUUUCUUUUUCUCUAUCUAUUCUCCCCAUAUAUAUAUAUAUAUAUAUUUUUAAGGAUCUAUCGAUGACGGCAGAAGUUAGUUCUGUGGUUAGGAUUAUGAAUGAAUCAUCAUCAGGGAAUAAAUCAACGGCUUUAAUGACAAGGGACUUGUUGGGAGAAUGCAGGUCCCUUGAUUCUAAGGAAUUGGACCUUGAUUUGCAGGUUCCUUCUGGCUGGGAAAAACGCCUCGACUUGAUGUCAGGAAAAGUGUAUCUACAGAGGUGCAAUUCUUCAUCGACGAAUUUGGAACAGAAGCAACAAAACUAUCAAACAGUUGGAAAGCUUCAAGACCUUAAUUUCCCUCCUUCAUCAAAGCAACCGCUCAAUCUCUUUGACGAACCAAACUUAGACUUAAAGCUGCUUCCUUCAUCGUCCUCAUCAUCGAGUUAUCACAGUGUAUGCACCCUUGAAAAAGUAAAAUCUGCUCUUGAAAGGGCAGAGAAGGAAACAACGCGCAAACGCUCAAUAUCAGUGUCAAUGUCAUCAUCUCCAAGGUCGAAUUCCUCGUCCUCAAUCAAGGAUACAGAUAUUGAUCAAGAGAAUCUAUGCUCUUCUAUCGCUGCUGGUUGUCCUGGUUGCCUGCUUUACGUGCUAAUAUCAAAGAACGAUCCUAAAUGCCCUCGAUGCCAUACCAUCGUUCCAUUACCUGUGGCAAUGAAGAAGCCUAGGAUUGAUCUUAACAUAUCCAUCUAAGAGUGAAGAACCAAGAAAUCAUUUUGAUUUUUUCUUUUUUUUUGUAAAGAUAGAAGAUAUAAUCUUGUAAGUUAUAGAAUGGUAUAUACAAGUUUCAAACUAUUGAGUUCCUUCUUGGCAGAGUAGCAUAUGAUUGCACCUUUUUAGUGGAUAAAUGCAUGCUUCAACAUUA